AUGGGUCUUUUUGCAUCAAAGUUGUUCAGUAACCUCUUCGGUAACAAGGAGAUGCGUAUCCUGAUGGUUGGUCUUGAUGGUGCCGGUAAGACCACCGUCUUGUACAAAUUGAAAUUGGGUGAAGUGAUCACCACAAUUCCAACCAUCGGUUUCAACGUUGAAACCGUUCAAUACAAGAACAUCUCUUUCACAGUUUGGGAUGUCGGUGGACAGGACAGAAUCAGAUCCUUGUGGAGACAUUACUACAGAAACACCGAAGGUGUUAUCUUUGUUGUUGACUCUAACGAUAGAUCGCGUAUCACCGAGGCUAGAGAAGUUAUGCAAAGAAUGUUGAACGAGGAUGAAUUGAGAAAUGCUGUUUGGUUAGUCUUCGCCAACAAACAGGAUCUACCAGAAGCUAUGUCUGCUGCUGAGAUCACCGAAAAGUUGGGUUUACAUUCCAUCAGAAACCGUCCUUGGUUUAUUCAAGCUACUUGUGCUACUUCCGGUGAAGGUUUGUACGAAGGUUUGGAAUGGCUAAGCAACAACUUGAAGAACCAAUCCUAA